AUGACAAAGCUAAAGAACAUUUUGAAAAAGCACUUGCCAUCAGAAUACAAAUUGGGAGUAGCAGCAGGUUACGGAAACUUAGAAGCUCUGUUCCUAUCUCUUGGUAAAUAUGACAAAGCUAAAGAUUAUCUUGAGAAAGCACUUGCCAUUAGAAUUCAAAUUGGUGACAAAGAAGGAGAAGCACUAGAUUACGGAAACUUAGGAGCAUUGUAUCAAUCUGUUGGUGAAUAUGUCAUGGCUGAAGAUUAUAUUGAGAGGGCACUGUCAAUUACUCGAGACAUCGAGGACUUAGACAAAGAGUUUCANAAUGCUAAAGAUUAUCUUGAGAAAGCACUUGCCAUCAGAUUACAAAUUGGUGACAAGAAGGGCGAAGCAGCAGAUUACGGAAACUUAGGAGCGUUGUAUCAAUCUGUUGGUGAAUAUGUCAUGGCUGAAGAUUAUAUUGAGAGGGCACUGUCAAUUACUCGAGACAUCGAGGACUUAUACAAAGAGUUGCAAAUUCUUUGUCUUCUUACAGUGGGUUGUCAAAGUCCUACAUCUCUUGGUUGCUUCAACGGUGGUUCUUGUGUAGCAGACGACAAGAAACAAACAUUUUCAUGUUUGUGCAAAGCGCCUUGGACUGGGAAAAACUGUGAAAUCAAACUUGGUAAGAACAAGUUUUAA